UUGGGCGUAGUAGCGGAAAGAUGGCAGCUGAAACAGGCAGAUACAGGAGCGCUGUCUCCAAAAGCAAAGACCCCUCCGGUUUACUUAUAUCUGUAAUAAGGACACUGUCCAGCAGUGAUGAUGUGCAAGACAGAGAGACAGAGAAGGGUCGUCUGGAGGAGGCAUACGAGAAGUGUGACCAUGAUCUGGAUGAGCUGAUUGUUCAGCACUACACAGAACUCACCACAGCCAUUCGCACCUACCAGAGCAUCACGGAGAGAAUCACAAGCUCUCGCAACAAGAUUAAACAGGUUAAAGAGAACCUGUUGUCCUGUAAGAUGCUCCUCCACUGUAAACGGGAUGAACUGAGGAAGCUCUGGAUCGAGGGAGUAGAGCACAAACAUGUUCUCAGCCUGCUGGACGAGAUCGAGAACAUCAAACAGGUGCCUCAGAAGCUUGAGGCGUCCAUGGCCAGCAAGCACUACCUGUAUGCAACAGAUAUGCUGGUGUCAGCAGUGGAUUCUUUGGAAGGACCUCUGCUGCAGGUGGAGGGUCUCGGUGACUUGCGGCUGGAACUCCACAGCAAAAAGCUCAACAUCCACCUAGUGCUGAUUGACGAACUCCAUCGCCACCUCUACAUCAAGUCCACCAGCCGCGUGGGUCACCGCGGCAAAGACAAGGAGAAGGGGCGGUCUGCUUCGAAGGACACGUCUGUUUUGGAUGUCAGCGGUUUGUCGACUCCGCGCAAGCUUACAGAAGCCUCACAGUUCAUCACCCCUGGAACUACCAGCAUGCGUGAGCUACACGAAAUGAGAGAAGACUUGGAUGUGGACCCAGAAGAGAAUAGUGCUGAGUUCAUGGGGAUCUUGAUCAAAGCUCUGGCCAAACUCAGGAAGAUCCCUGAGACCAUUAAAGCCAUCAUGGAACGUCUAGAGCCUGAGCUGAAGCAGAUCCUCAAGAGAUCCACCACUCAGAUUGCUGACCAUGCCUACCAGAGAGGAGAGAACCUGGCACAGGACAACCAGCCCAGACUGUUGCUGGAACUACUGGAGCUGUUGUUUGAUAAGUUAAAUGCUGUGGCCCAGGCUCACAGCGUGGUUCUGAGUCACCUGCAGCAGAUUGUGGUCUCUCCCAAAGGAGUCCAGGAAGGGAUCAAACUCUAUGAGCAGGCAGAUGUUUAUGCCAAGAUCCAAACUGUUCUACAGGUGCUUUUAAUGGAUUACCUGGAUGUCAAAAACACACGUAGUGCUGCAGAACCUUCCGCCCAGCUCUCCUACGCCAGCACUGGUGGAGACUUCGGAGCAUUCUUCGCUAAGAAGAAACCUCAACGACCCAAACAGUCUCUGUUCAAGUUUGAGUCUUCCUCCCACGCCAUUAGCAUGAGCGCAUACCUGCGAGAGCAACGUCGGGAACUCUACAGCAAAAGCGGGGAGCUGCAAGGUGGAGCUGAUGAUAACCUGAUUGAGGGGGGAGAGACUAAGUUCCUGUGUAAACCGGGAGCCAGAAACAUCACUGUCAUCUUUCAGCCUUUGCUUAGGUUCAUUCAGGAAAUUGAAUCACUUAUGGGUCCAGCUCAGGCGAAACAGUGUCAGCUACGAACCUUCCUCACCUACUACAUCAAUGACCUGUUCCUCAGUCAGGUCCGCACCGAGACCAAUAAGGAUAUUGAGGCCGUGACUAAAGUAUCUGACCCACUCAAGAUCCUUGCGAGUGCUGACACCAUGAAAAACCUGGGGGUUCAAAGACCUCUUUUACAGAGUACUGUGAUUGUAGAGAAGUCCAUUCAGGAUCUAAUGAGUCUGAUGCAGGAUCUCAGUGCCUACUCCAACCAGUUCCUGGAGAUGGUCUGUGACAAACUCAAGGAGUACAAGGAGAUCUGCAAUGCUGCUUACAGGGCCAUUGUUCAGUGUGAAGAGAAGCUCACCAUCAGUGCGUCCUGGGCAAAAGAUGAAGACAUUAGCCGCCUGAUACAGUCUCUGCCCAACUGGGCCAGCAUGACUCAACCCAGACAGCUCCGACAGAAGAGAGAAGAGGAGGAGGACUUCACACGUGCAGCGUUUGCUAAGGAAUCAGAGGUUCUGACUGGGAAUCUUGGUGAUAAGUUGAUUCCUCAGAAUGAGAUUCUGCGGGAUGUGAGUGAUCUGAAAGCUUUAGCUAACCUGCAGGAGAGUAUGGAGUGGCUCGCCACCCGCCUCAGAGGGUUCUUCAGCAACUUGCCCCAGAGCUCCAGUGUUUCCCCAGGCUCUGAUGCCCAUGUGAACAGUGAGAGUAUACGCAGUCGAGAGCAGAUCCUCCAGACAUUGACUGACCUCUCCAGAUCCUUCCAGGACAUUGCCGACCGAUGCCUGCUAGUGCUGCAUCUGGAGGUCAGGGUCCACUGUUUCCAUUAUCUGAUCCCUUUGGCUAAACAAGGCAACUACGCCAUCGUGGCCAAUGCAGCCAGCAUGGACUACGACCCCCUGGUGGUGAAGCUGAAUAAAGACAUCAGUGCCAUAGAGGAAGUGAUGGGAGCUGCCCUGCAGCAGCACAAGUUCCAAUAUAUUUUUGAGGGCCUGGGUCAUCUGAUCUCUUGUAUUCUGAUAAACGGGGCUCAGUACUUCAAGCGCAUCAGUGAGUCUGGCAUCAAAAAGAUGUGCAGAAAUAUCUUUGUGCUCCAGCAGAACCUCACCAACAUCACCAUGUCACGUGAGGCUGAUCUGGACUUUGCCAGGCAGUACUAUGAGAUGCUAUAUAAUACCGCUGAUGAGCUGCUCAACCUGGUGGUUGAUCAAGGGGUGCGUUACACAGAGCUGGAGUACAUCAACGCUUUGAGCCUCCUCCACCGCAGCCAGACAGGCGUGGGAGACCUGACCGUGCAAAACAUGAGGCUACAGCGCCUCAAAGAGAUCAUAUGCGAACAGGCUGCCAUUAAACAGGCUACAAAGGACAAAAAGAUCACCACAGUCUAGAGACACUCAUACUCAAAAAAUGUUGUGUGUCUGCUUAAGGUAUAGUUCACACAAAAAUAAAAGUUCUGUCAUCAUUUACUCAACCAAGGCUAGUUUAGUUCUUCUGUAAAACACAAAAGGAGAUGUGUUUAUGUCAAUCUCAGUCACCAUUCACUUUCAUUGCAUAUUUUUUCCAUACUAUGACAUUGAAUAGAGACUUAAUGAAGUUUUUUUUUUUUUUAGGGUGAACUAUCCCUUUACUUCCAUUCGCUACUGUCAUUAGCCUUCAGUCGUGUCACACAUUUAAGCAAACAUUAUAGUGGUCAUGAUCAAAGAGCUUUGUAGAUUUGUGUUUCAUUUAUGGGGUUUUUUGUUUAGUUGCUUGCUUUAUUUUUUAUAUGGUUUGUAAAAUACAGUUCAGACCAGUGCUUUGCACACAAACACACACAUAGACACGUACACACACACACACACACUCACAGAAGGAACUUCCUCAUGAAUGAAUCCCUUAUACCUUGUCUGGUUAGACCACACCUGUCAAAGUGCGAGGAAGGAUUCUCUCGCUGUGGCUUGGGGACAUUUUCGUCUCAUUUUCUUUCUUUAUCAAACCACUGCUCACAAUCAUAGAAUCUUCCUGCAUGCUGUCUCCCUAAAUGGCCUGCAGCCUUUGCCUGGAAUAACAGGUGCUAGAGUACCAAACUUUUUAUCAGGCAAAACAUUGAUUUGUUCUGCUUUCUUAGGAGAGGAAAUAGGAAUUCCUAAUCUCAUUUAGCAUUUCUUAAAUUUUUCCUCCACUACUGUGUAUUAUGCCAUUCAUAGUCAAGGUUUUGCUAUGUUUCAGGUAAAAUGUUUUGUGUUUACACCAUCAUUAUGACACUAUAACAUGGAUCUGUGGAUUCCUUUGGUGUUUGAACAGGAAGAGGGAGUGUCUAAUGUCUAUGUGCCCUCCGACUGCUACCCAUAAACUCCAAUUAGGGUGGAUAUUUUAAGUGAAAUGUUUAUCUUGCUCAUGUCCCCUCGUUUAUACUGACAAAAAAGCUGCAAAUCAAUCAUACUCUCUGUCCUCUGCUGUUUUUGGCUUAUUAGCUAUGAAGAAUAUUACUCAACGAGAGAGAUGGAGAAAAAGCACCGUCGAUACAGAGCACAGGUGUAAGGCAGAAAGCCACCAGAGCAAUCCAUCAUAAUGACUCAUCUCCUCAAAUCAAUAUUUGCCACUAGGUUGCCAAAGAGAGGAUAACAGCGAUGACAGUAUGUGUGGUGUGAUUGUAUUGUAUGAAUGCUGAAGACUUGUCACAGGAAUGGUAAGACAUUAGAAAAGUCAUGUCUGUCUUAUAUGAGUAUGUCUGUAAUAUAUCUUGGAAGAGGAGUCAUAUGGGUCUGAUAUGGGCAAGGACAUAAACUGCAUUGUGUGUGUGUGCCUUUGUGUGUUUGUGUGCCAUUAUUGGGUCCCAAACUGUUGUCUCAAUGAACUGGACUGACUCAAGUGCUCCCGAUAGCUUAAUAGCAAUUACUUAUUGCUUAAGUUUUAAAUUAUAUUAUAUUGCUUAUAAUUAACUGAAUCUGAUGGGGUUUGCACAAUAUGUAAAAUCAACACUAUUUCAUGCCUUGUUUUCUUUCUUUGUGACUUUUUUUUAGUAAUGUAUUUUAUGCUUGAUUUAGUAUCACUUGUAAUGUUCAUGAAAAGGAUGUAUGUGCUUGUAAAUUUCAAUUAAUUGCAUAAAAGUCCUUUAAAAAUCCUCUCACAGCUCUGGACUACUGGAUUUAAACAGAAUUUUGCCAAUGUUAAUGUCAAAAUGAAAUAAACAAAUAUAAUUAAAAAGG